AAACAGCACUGAUGAUGGCAGCAGCAAGAGGACACUAUGAUGUAUAUAAUCUUCUUGUGUCGGAGGGAGCCGAUCUGUCACUGACUGAUGUAGACAACAAGGACUGCUUGAUGUUGGCAAGUGAAGGAGGUAACAUGUCUAUAGUGAAACACCUCCUUUCCUUGAAAAUAUUUGACAUCAACAGACAAGGGGGUGUUUUUAGACAGUCAGCUGUUAUGGUCGCAGCAGUGGAAGGACACGAUGUUGUAUAUAAUCUUCUUGUGUCGGAGGGAGCCGAUCUGUCACUGACUGAUGUAGACAACAUGGACUGCUUGAUGUUGGCAUGUGAACGAGGCAACAUGUCUAUAGUGAAACACCUCCUUUCCUUGAAAACAUUUGACAUCAACAGGCAAAGGAGUUCUAACAGACAAUCAGCAGUUAUGAUGGCAGCCACAAGCGGACACUAUGAUGUUUAUAAUCUUCUUGUGUCGGAGGGAGCUGAUCUGUCACUGACUGAUGUAUACAACAUGGACUGCUUGAUGUUGGCAAGUGAAGGAGGCAACAUGUCUAUAGUGAAACACCUCCUUUCCUUGAAAACAUUUGACAUCAACAGGCAAAGGAGUUCUAAUAGGCAAUCAGCAGUUAUGAUGGCAGCUGUAAGCGGACACUGUGAUGUAUAUAAUCUUCUUGUGUCGGAGGGAGCUGAUCUGUCACUGACUGAUGACAACAACAUGGACUGCUUGAUGUUAGCAAGUGAACGAGGCAACAUGUCUAUAGUGAAACACCUCCUUUCCUUGAAAACAUUUGACAUCAACAGGCAAAGGAGUUCUGACAGACAAUCAGUAGUUAUGAUGGCAGCUGCAAGAGGACACUAUGAUGUAUAUAAUCUUCUUGUGUCGGAGGGAGCUGAUCUGUCACUGACUGAUAAAUUCAACAAGGCCUGCUUGAUGUUGGCAUGUGAAGGAGGUAACAUGUCUAUAGUGAAUCACCUCCUUUCCUUGAAAACAUUUGACAUCAACAGGCAAGGGGGGUUUAACAGACAAUCAGCAGUUAUGAUGGCAGCUGCAAGCGGAAACUAUGAUGUAUAUAAUCUUCUUGUGUCGGAGGGAGCUGAUCUGUCACUGACUGAUAAAUUCAACAAGGACUGCUUGAUGUUGGCAUGUGAAGGAGGCAACAUCUCUAUAGUGGAACACCUCCUUUCCUUGAAACAAUUAGGCCAGGGUCAAAGGGGAUUAGAGGAAUAUAUCACUUUUGCCGAAGAAUGGUUCAACCAGAAAAUAAUGAAUCUUGUGAGGUCCUCUUCAUCACGAUGAUAGUUGCCCUGGACUGACGACAAUAAAACUCUUGGAUGGUUAAUCACAGUCUGAACGUUGUGAACAUCGUGUCUGAACAAGUGUAUGACUUAUACAUAACUUGCAUUGCACAGAUGUAUGUAACAUGUUAUGAUGACCCCAGAAGAAAAAACAUAUCUGUGCUUCUCCGAGAGGGGAUAAAUCAAUAUUAUGACUUUCAGUUUGAAUAUGGAGAUAUCGUUACAUUCGUACAUGCGUGCUACAUAUUAUACCAAUAAUUCAUUUUUACAAUAGGCUAAGUUUGUGAUCUGCAUGAAAAUGUCAGAGGAGAAUUUCUUCAAUUUUGAUCAGUAGUUAUUCAGUGGUAUAAAAUACUAUCGGUUAUGACACUGUUAAAUUUUGAUAUUUGAUUAUCUAAAUUUUAUUAACACAACAAACCUGAUUAGAAGUAAUCAAUACCAACCCCUUCAAACUGAGACCUCGGAGAAAAUGCUUUUAGCUGCUUGGUUCUUGUCACUUUGUCUGACACUAAUGUCGUAAUGUUUCACAAAUACUUUAUUUGCCACACGUAACUGUUUUCGGAAACAUAUAUAAUAUUGAUCUCUGUUUUCAUGACAUAAUUGUAUUAUUUCAACUUCUUCUUUUUUAAGAAAGGAAAUUGUAUGUUCAUGUUAA